UUAAGGGUAAUAACUCCUCUCCACUUUUUUCUUCUUAUCUUCUCUUCUGCUCUUGUUAUUUUCAUUGUUGCUCCAUUUUCUUUUCUUGGCUUUUCCCAAACUUUUUUUUGGUGUUUCCCAUUUCUUCCUGAUUUCCUCCAAUCUCUGAGAGAAAAACCUCUCUUGCUAUUCAAAAUUUGUAGGCAGAUACCUAGAGAGAAAUCAUGGGUUCAAUCUUAAAAGGGCAGAAGCUUUCAGAGCAGCCGUAUGAAGAUAGGAUCAGCAACUUACCGAACAGUCUUAUUGCUCAAAUCCUUUCCUGUCUUCCCACAAAGCAUGCAGUGGCAACUAGUGUCCUAUCGACAAGAUGGAAACAAUUAUGGACUUCAAUCACCAGUUUUGAUAUUGAUGAUAAGUUGUUGUUAUGUCCUCAAAACAAAAGUACCGAUCCAUCGCUGCAGAGGAGUUUUACGAGUUUUGUGCGUCGAGUAUUGUUGCAUCAUGUUUCAUGUGUACAGAGGUUCCGGCUCAAGUGCAGUCAAAGUUAUGAUGCUUCACUUGUGAAUGGAUGGAUUGCUGAUACAUUAUUGCGAAAUGUUCGAGAACUUGAUCUUGCUUUUUCCAUCUUGGAUCAUUCUACUAUGCUGCCUCAGGACCUCUUUACUUGUAGAACUCUGGUGGUAUUAAAACUGAAUGCGGAUGGUGAUAUGAAUAUUGUACCUACUUCGGUUUCUCUACCAAGUCUCAGAAUUCUACAUCUUGGUUGUUACAGAUUUGUAGAUGAUGACUCAAUCAACAGGUUCCUCUUUGGCUGCCCCGUGCUUGAAGAGCUGAGUAUGAGCGGACGUGUGGGGGGAAAUGUUAGUGUGAUUAACAUUGUUGCGCCUAUGCUCACUAGCUUGUUUAUACAUGAUUGUUCGUUUGGUGACAUAAGGCCUGGUUUUGAGCACAAGAUUGUGCUCGACACCCCGGCACUUUUAUACCUUGAGAUAAGGGAUCAUGCAGAGGACGGUUGUUAUUUAGUUGAAAACUUACAUCAUCUCAUUAGAGCUGAUAUUUCUUUAUAUGCUGACGAUGGUUCAGCUAUCUCUAAAGCUCUAUGUGAACUUCUCAAGGGGAUGUCCAACGCACAAUUUCUAAAAUUAGAUUUCUCGACCGAGGUGACUUGUAUGUGUGAUUUUCAACUGCCAAAGUUCCCUAAUAUGACUUGCUUGGAGCUUGGUGAAAUUUUUAAUGUUAAAUGGGAAUUUCUGCUGGAGUUGCUGGAGAACUCCCCGCGUCUGGAAACCCUUGUUUUCAAAGAGGGUCUUGGAUAUGAUUGUGAAGUGUUUACACAAUUGCUUUGGAAUCCAGCUCGGAAUGUGCCUUCUUGUUUGCUCUCUCACCUCAAGGUAAUUGGAAUUAGUGACUUCGGAUCGGGGAAAGAAGAGUGGCAGAUGGUGGACUAUUUUCUACAGAAUGCAAAGGUUUUGGAGAAGGUGAACAUUGAUUAUGGUUAUGGGGGUUCAAAAUGGACGAUACAUGCCUCUAGGACUUGUGAUGUUGCCGCUCUAUAACAGCAGAUUUUUUUUGGGUGUUUUGCGUUAUUCUCACUUCGUCGAAUUGGGUUGUGAAAUGAGUGUCAUUUUGACAAAUUAUUACUAUCAGAAACAACAUAUAUUCUAUAUUUCAUGUUACCCCUAUGGUGAAGUAGGUGAUUUGGUAUUUGUUCUGUAUGAAGUUUUGAUAGCCAUGGUUUUGCUAGUUGGCUUCAAACCUGCGGUCAGAACGAGAUGGCAUUGCGUUAUUAUUAUUAUUAUUAUUAUUUUUUUUUACCAUAUUGUCUUC